AUGGAAGCAGUUCGCAAAGGGUACGUUCCAGUGCUUGUGGGGAAAGAGGGAAACAUGAUGGAGAAGAUAUGGGUAUCCAUCAAAGUGAUUCAGCAUCCCUCCAUUGUUGAGUUGCUGGAUCAGUCUGCAAAGGAGUUCGGAUACCAGCGUCAGGGUCUUCUCAGAAUCAUGUAUGACCCUGACAACUUCAAAGCCUUGAUUCGAGAGGCUUCCAAGAAUUGCAUCUAG